AUGGCAUCAUCAAGCUAUACUGACGCUAUAAUGCUCUUCGGAGACUCUCUCACGCAGGCUGCGACGGAUGGCUCUUUGACUCAACGGAUGACAGAAUACUACAUGAGAAGGUGUGAUAUCGUCAACAGAGGGUAUGGAGGCUACAACAGUGACUGGGCUAUUCCGGUGUUCGAACAAGUCUUCGCUACGAAAGAAGCAAGAGAGAAGGGUUAUGCUCAACAUGUGAAAUUGAUAACCAUCUGGUUAGGUGCCAACGAUGCUACUUUACCUGAUACCCCUCAAUACGUCCCUCUUGACAGAUACAAAUCCAACCUGGCUCAACUUAUACAUUUCAUCAAAGAUCCUUCAUCUGACUACUAUUCACCAGAGACCAAGAUAAUCUUGAUCAAUGCUCCACCCAUCAUCGAGUCUGCCUGGGUAGAAGCUAGAGUAGAGAAAUGGAAAUCAUUUGGAAGCGAGGGACCUAAACCUGAACAGAAUAGAGAUAGGAAAGUGACCAAACAGUAUGCCGAUGCGGCUUUGGAAGUCGCCAAAGAACAAGGUGUAGAGGGUGUGGAUCUUUGGACGGCUAUUGUCCAAGCUGCUGGCGGGGAAGGUGCGGACCAACUCGCUCCUUACUUCUACGAUGGUCUUCAUCUCACUUCUGAGGGUUAUGCGAUAUUGUUCAAAGUUCUUUCAGAUCUGAUAGUAUCGAAGUUCCCAGAACUCAACCCUGAGACCACGCCUAUGAGAAUGCCUCAUUGGGCAGAUGUCGAUCUGGCAAACCCAAGGGAAGCCUUUGAAAAAGUCAAGAAGGGACGUCUCGCAGGUGAAUUGUGA